ACAAUGGCAAAAAGUAAAGGAACUACUGUUGCCGAAACGGCAUACCAUGGAAUCUAUGGUACAUUGCGUGUAUUGGUCCAUCUAACUGCGGCCGUACAAUUUGGUUAUGCCGUCUAUUACGAUUACACCUAUGUCCAUUUUCCACAAUCGUCGAAUAUUAUGCACAAUCCAUUUGGUGGCAAAUUUAAAUAUUUAACAUUUUUGGAUGCGAUCAUCCAAACGUUAUAUUUCACCAUUUCAUUGAUAAAUGAUUUUGUUGGCAGCAAUGAGGUUAUGCCGAAGAAAACCCCCCUAAUUCGUAAAAUUAAAGAUUACAUGAUGACAACAUUUGCCUUUCCGAUUGCUUUAAAUGUUGGCAUUACAUUCUGGGGUCUAUAUGCCGUGGAUCGUGAAUUGGUCUUCCCACGUGUAUUGGAUGCCGUAUUUCCAGGCUGGUUAAAUCACAUUAUGCACACAAAUAUUGUCGUUUUCAUUGUCUUGGAAAUGUUCAUUUCGUUCCGUUCGUAUCCAUCCCGUUUCAAGGGUUUGGCUGGCCUUUCGGCCUUUAUGUUGGCCUAUUUGGUGUGGUUGCAUGUAAUUAAACACUAUUCGGGUGUUUGGGUAUAUCCCGUGCUGGAAGUUCUGCAAUUGCCUCAGCGUAUUGUGUUCUUUAUUGGUUCGCUGGUAUUUACAUUGGGCCUCUAUAUGUUCGGUGAGGUGUUAAAUAAUUUGGUAUGGUCAAAGGAACUUAAAAUGGCCCAACGUAAGCACAAAUAA